AUGGGACCACAUACCCUGUCGCAAUCGCCCCAAGUCGAAACCACAUCUGCAAAUCCCCACACCGCCCGAAGGAAGAUAUAUUCCAUUUGGGACCCGAAGAGCCCGGUGCCUGCACAAGGGCGGUGGGUUUCCCCAACACUUGACCGGAUUCCUGAGGUGUGGAACGCGUGGAGGAAGCUCGUACGAGGCCGAGCACGCGGAAGUGCCGAGGAGAAACGGGUUUACAACGUGCUGAUGGAGCUCGAGGGUGGACUGUGGACAACAGGAUUCAACGACAAUAGCAAGGACGAAAUAGAGGAGUUCAAGAAGCUGUGUCCAUAUCUUUGGUGGAGGUCCCUUAACCAUUGCAAGUGUCCCGGGUGCGGACGAGUGGGCUCAGCAGUCGGGAAUACGUUCCGCGCACCGAAACAAAAGGACACGAAGAGGUGGAAAGAGGCAACCCUGCAACUCGAGAAAGGGGAAACAUUUAGCUAUUGUUUGACAAGGGACGAAGAAGUGACCUUGUUCCACGAUGCACAGUUGGAGCAGAAGCGACAGGAAGGGCGUGCAUCUUGGCCGGUGGAGAAAGGAAAACGCUUCAAGGCCUCGAGGUUUGAGUGGGAGGCGGGUGACAUGUAA